CGGGUCUUAGCUCAGGUUCCAACCCCACUUGGAGCUGCAGCCCCAUCUCUAGCUCCAGCUGGUUCUCCGCUGCUGAGCUCGGACGUUUCCACGCGUCCCACUGCGGCUUCCGGAGCCUAGCUCUCUGUUGCUUGGCUCGUGCCCGGGGACCUUCCAUUGCCCUCUGCACCCUGGGGCGCCUGGCCACGAACAUCUGCAAACUACUCGGGAUCCUUGCGACCGUGGGCAGCGGCUGCCGCGCCUGUCUCCCUGCGGAAGGGCUCAUGGAACUCCACCAGAAGCUGUGAAAGAUCAGAAGGGAUGAAGGACACCAAGAAAACAAGGCCCUCUAAAUCAUCAUGAGCAAGGCUCACAUGAACUCAGACUGAGGCAGCAUGCACAGGGCCUACAGAGGACCGUCCUUGCUGCACCUGCGCAGUAACUCUGGCUGCACAGCGGACCCCUCGCGUAACACGGGCGCCCCUGAAACAUGGCAGACGAAGACCUCAUCUUCCGCCUGGAAGGUGUUGACGAUGGCGGGUCCUCCCAAGCUGGCCACGAUGGGGAUUCUGACACAGACACCGACGAGGAUGAAGACUACUUCAUUUGCCCCAUCACUGAUGACCGGAUGUCCAACCAUAAUGUCAGCUCCAAGGUCCAGAAGUAUCACAGCCACCUAACAAAAACGGAGUGCGGCUCCACGGGGUCACCAGCCAGCUCCUUCCACUUCAAGGAAGCCUGGAAGCACGCGAUUGAGAAGGCCAAGCAUAUGCCUGACCCCUGGGCCGAGUUCCACCUCGAGGACAUCACCACAGAACAUGCUACUCGGCACAGGUACAACGCUGUCACCGGGGAAUGGCUGAAAGACGAGGUUCUGAUCAAGAUGGCAUCUCAGCCCUUCGGCCGUGGAGCAAUGAGGGAGUGCUUCAGGACGAAGAAGCUCUCCAACUUUUUGCACGCCCAGCAAUGGAAGGGAGCCUCCAACUACGUGGCAAAACGCUAUAUUGAGCCAGUGGACAGGAGCGUGUACUUUGAGGAUGUCCAGCUCCAGAUGGAGGCUAAGCUCUGGGGGGAGGAGUACAAUCGGCACAAGCCUCCCAAGCAGGUGGAUAUCAUGCAGAUGUGCAUCAUUGAGCUAAAGAACAGACAAGGCCAACCCCUCUUUCACCUGGAGCACUAUAUUGAGGGCAAGUACAUCAAGUAUAAUUCCAACUCAGGCUUUGUCCGUGAUGACGACAUCCGACUAACACCACAGGCCUUCAGCCACUUCACAUUUGAGCAUUCUGGUCAUCAGCUGAUCGUGGUAGACAUCCAGGGUGUGGGUGACCUUUAUACUGACCCACAGAUCCACACUGAGACAGGCACUGACUUUGGAGAUGGCAACCUCGGUGUUCGGGGAAUGGCUCUCUUCUUCUCUUCUCAUGCCUGUAACCGGAUUUGCGAGAGCAUGGGCCUUGUGCCCUUUGACCUUUCACCGAGGGAGCAGGCUGUGGUGAAUCAGAACACCAAGCUGCUGCAAUCGGCCAAGACCAUCUUGAGGGGGACAGAGGAGAAGUGUGGGAGUCCCUGCAUAAGGACUCUCUCUGGCAGCCGCCCCCCCUUGCUGUUCCGCCUUUCAGAGAACUCCGGGGAUGAGAACAUGAGCGAUGUGACCUUUGACUCUCUGCCUUCCUCCCCGUCUUCGGCCACACCACAUAGCCAGAAAUUGGACCAGCUCCAUUGGCCAGUGUUUGGUGACUUCGAUAACAUGAGCCAUAGAGACCACGACCACAUGGACAAUCACCGGGACUAUGAGAACAGUGGGGACAGUGGAUACCCAAGCGAGAAGCGAAGUGACCUGGAUGAUCCUGAGCCCCGAGAACACGGCCACUCCAACAGCAACCGAAAGCCUGAAUCUGAUGAGGACAGCCUGGGCAGCUGGGGACGGGUCUGUAUGGAGAAGUGGAACCUGCACAAUCCCUCCCGCCUGUACCUGCAGAGAUCCUCGGCUGCGGCCGGCGAAGUGCAGAGGCUAAAUGCUCUGGACCUUGAAAGGAAAAUCGGGAAGUCUGUUUUGGGAAAGGUCCAUCUGGCCAUGGUACGGUACCACGAGGGCGGGCGCUUCUGCAAGAAGGAUGAGGAAUGGGACCGAGAGUCAGCCAUCUUCCAUCUGGAGCAUGCAGCCUACCUGGGAGAACUGGAGGCCAUCGUGGGCCUGGGACUUAUGUACUCUCAGCUGCCCCACCACAUCCUGGCUGAUGUCUCUCUGAAGGAGACAAACGAGAACAAGACAAAGGGCUUUGAUUACUUACUGAAGGCGGCGGAAGCUGGUGACAGGCAGUCCAUGAUCCUAGUGGCCCGAGCUUUUGACUCCGGCCUGAACCUCAGCCCAGACAGGUGCCAAGACUGGCCAGAGGCCUUACACUGGUACGACACAGCCCUGAAGACAACCGAUUGUGACGAAGGUGGAGAGUACGAUGGAGUACAGGACGAGCCCCAGUAUGCACUGCUGGCCAGGCAGGCUGAGAUGCUGUCCACUGGAGGAUUUGGGCUGGACAAGGACCCCCAAAGAUCAGGAGACUUGUACACCCAGGCAGCCGAAGCAGCGAUGGAAGCCAUGAAGGGCCGGCUAGCCAACCAGUACUAUGAAAAGGCAGAAGAAGCCUGGGCCCAGAUGGAGGAAUAACUCCCCCAGCUGGUCCCAAGCAAAAGGGCUGGGGAGGACAGGACUGAUUUCUUUCAGAAGUUUUGCUAUGCUAUAAAUUCACUUUUGUAUUACAUUAUUUUUGACUCUUGAAAAAAAUCUUUGCAACAGGCAGAGACACUGUAACUGCCCUUUAGGGUGGUAUUUUGGGGAUGGAGUGGGGUGGAUAGGAGUUGAAUAUGCAGCCUAAUGAAUCACCACUUUUUCUUUUGAAGUUCCACUUUUCUUUUUCUUUCUUUUAUUAUUGUUUUUUGUCAUGAGAUGUAAGAAAGCGUCUUUCUGUCUGAAUGAAUAGACAGUAUCAGGGCUGAGCGCAUUAGCCUUUGCAGUCUGGAUUCAUCUCGGGGUCUCUAGGCCCUGAGUUAGGAGUCCCAAUGGAAUGAAGAAUGGAGAGCUUCCUAUUAACUUUCCAUGGGUCUUUCUUUAAGUGUGUGUGACAUUUUUCCCCCAGCAGAUGUGAGCUCAUUCAAUAUCAGCUUCCUUCAUACCACAAGGAGAUUAUUGUAUAAGUUUUUUCAUUUAAUGUCCUUCCACUGCGCACCUGAUUUCUUGCCAUCCAGCCAAAUUCCAUUUUGAAAGCAUGCUUCCUACUGUAGACUUUACAAGACAGGUUUGGUUUUUGUCCACACACAUUCGCUACCUCUGAGUCCUGCAUCGGUGGAUGUGGAAGCAGAUGGAUCUCAAAGCUUUCACAGGAAGGGUCAUGAUUCAGGAGCUGGGCAACUUUCCUCCGAGCAGAAGUGCCUCUGCGCCUCCAUGACCACAUCCACAACGGGGCUGAAGCAUCCCUGUGCAGAAUUCCACUGUCAUUCCUUGAUGUGGUAACGUUUUAUAAACUCUGCCCUCAGCCUGCUAUCCAUGGUGAUUUCUGCUGGAAUCUGGAUUUUUCUGGUCAUCUGAAGCAAGUGGUUUUCAGCUGCAGCCCCUUGGGAUUUGUCUACGAUGUGUGUGAAUAGGACAAGGGUGUAAACACUGGUUGGUUCUGGGCAUUUCCCCAGGGCCAAGCUGGAACUUAAUGAGAUUUUUCUUUAAAAAGGAGUUAAGAUUUAAUGUGAGUGUGAUUUCAGUUGCAGUCCCAAAUAGCCAAGGAAAGGGCCUUCUUUGAUCUACCACAGAUGUUAGAGCAGCCUCUAUCUUUGUUUAAAAAAACAAAAACAAAAACAAAACAGAGAAAAGCAGAGUACAACAUACAGGCUAUUCUUACCUGUUUGUUAAAACAGGCCUUUUUAGCCUAAUUGGUAGAGGCGAAUGCCUUUGAUUCCAGCAUUUGGGAGUAGUCAGAGGCAGGUGGAUCUCUUGAGUUCGAGCCCAGCCUGAUCUACAAAAUGAGUUCUGGGAUAGCCAGGGCUACACAGAGAAACUCUGUCUCAAAAACGACAACAACAACAAAACCCCCCACAUACACACACACAAAAAGCCAAAACAAAACAAAACAACAAUAACAAAACAGCCCAGGCCUUUUUAGGAUUUCCCUGUUGAUUCCCUGUUGAGUCUGCCCAGUCAGGAACUUGUUUGAAGCACUAGAUCCUGGAGAGUUGGGAGCAAUGGUGCACAUCUGUAAUCCCAGCAUACAAGUGGUAGAGGCAGAGGGAAUCCAAGUUUGAGAUCAGCCUGAACUAUAUAGUGAGACCUUGACUGGAAAAACUAAACAAACCAGAACACAAAAGAGCUGGUUAGAUGCUAAGAUAGCUCCAUGGGUAUAGGUUCCUGCCUAGCCUAACAACCCAAGGCCAGGUCUGGCACCCAGAUGUGGAGGGAGGGAACCAACAUCUGCAAGUUGUCCUCUGCUCUUCACCUGUGUGGUGUGGUACAGGUGAGCCCACAAACAGGUGCGUGUACAUACACACAAGUGUAAAAGAAGCAAAAAUUAUCCUCAACGACUGCUUUCCUCCACUACAAGUUGCAAAGCCCUGGGGUUUGUGUUUGAUGCCAUCACAACUGGUUUUCUUUGAGAGGUUGGUACUUGUCAGGUUCUUGUGAAUACCAGACAGUAGUUGACUGGCACUGUCCUGUGGGUGUCUUCAACUAGUGUUCAUGUUAGGUGUAAGAAGCAGCACUGUCGCCGGGCGGUGGUGGCGCACGCCUUUAAUCCCAGCACUCAGGAGGCAGAGGCAGGCGGAUCUCUGUGAGUUCGAGGCCAGGCUGGACCGACGGCCUCCAAAACAAUACAGAGAAACCCUGUCUCGUAAAACCAAAAAAAUAAAAAUAAAAAAUAAAGCAACUUGAGCGAUACUGAGGCUUCCCUGCAGAAAUGGUUAUUUCUUCCAACCCCAGUAUUGCCUUCAAAAGCUGGUCAGGGCAUCUUUCUCUCAGUGUGCUGGACCCAGCUUGUGUGGGGGGUGAGGGGGUGAGCACCACCAAUGCCUGGCACUUAUAAUCAAUUCUGUCUUCCAGUGCAAAGCAGGUAAAAGCCUAGAUUAGCAGAGCUGAUCAUGAUGUACCUUCAACUCAAAGGCAGAAACAAAGACUUCAGGAAGAGCUGAUCAUGAUGUACCUUCAACUCAAAGGCAGAAACAAAGACUUCAGGAAGAGUUGGUUCCAGUGGGGCUGCUAGCUAGAGUCUGAGCUGGAGCUGGGGGCCGGAGAGCUGCUGUUUUCCAAGCGAUCCUGGGAAUAAAAGCAUUUAACUGUAA